AUAAGUUCAACAUUAUUUCGGAAUUCAAUUAUCUUUGCAAAUCGAUGCUGGUACACUUGAACUUUGAAACGUUAGAAAAUUCGAGUGUAAAAAAAAAUUGAGAAUCGAUGUGAAAAGAUUAGUUCGUUCAUUCUCCACAGUAUAUGGUAAUGUAUGUUUUAACUCUCUUUAUUUCGUCGUUCUCUUUAGUUAGCUGUCAAACCGAUUAUAUCAGUCAUAAACAUGAAAUUGCGCUGAGAGAGAGAGAGAACACAAAUAAAGUAAAAACAGUAAAAGUAAACAGCAUACAUACAUAUAAAAAGAGACAGUGCAAGUGAAAAGCGAGAAAAAAAACAACAAAACCAGACAAUUGCAGAUUUUCUGUUGACAGACAAUCGUAUGUAAUAUGGAUUAGUUUAAUUUCUGUGCGUAUAAAUAUUCAAUUGAUAUGAAUGUUGUAAAAUAAUUACUUAAAUAAAGUGUUAAAAAAGCAGAAGUGGUGCUUGUUGCAUCGCAUCAAAAUCAUCCUCUUGUCUUGCAUAUACAUGAUAGAAAGAGAGGCGAGAAAUCACACUGCUGCUUGUGACAUAUUUAUGAUUCGGAAAAUUCGCAAAAAGUGAAACAAGCAACAAGAGAGAGAGAGAAAGAGACAAAAAGUGAAAUAGAAAAAAAAGCAACAGCAACGAUAACAAAUAACAAAGUAAACACUUAAUAUUGGCCAAAGGGCUAAAUCUAGCGAAAGUAAAACGGAUUGCAACAUGACAUUUUCGCCAAAUAAAAAUCUCUCACGAUUUCACUCGUGCUGUCAUGGGGUGAACAUUGAACUGUUAGAAGGUAACACAGUUGCACAUCGCAAAACGAGCUACGCAAAUGGGCUCACAUUUUCAGAGAAACCAUUACAACUAGGUGAAAUUUUUUUGCUGGAAAUAAAAAAAAAUGAACGUGGCUGGUCGGGAUAUAUGCGCUUAGGUUUGACACAAUUGAAUCCAAACAUUGAUGUGUUUGGUAUUGAUGGUUUACCACAAUAUGCAUGCCCCGAUCUAUCAAACAGAGGCACAUCUUGGGUAUUUCCAAUUACAAAAUCCAGCCCAUGCGGUUCAGCACAACGAUAUUCACGACGACUACGGAACAAUCGGUUUCCAAAUGGCUCGAAUGUCGAUACAAAUUGUACCGAUCACACAAAACGAUUUUAUCAGGACGACGACAAUGACGAUGACGAUGACGAAGAUGAUUUAAGCUCUGAUUAUGAACAACAAGUCAAAUCAACAGUUAAUAUAUUAGGAAAUGAGGAUGCAUAUGUUCGAACGUCUCGCGGCGUUAUACCAAGACGAACGCUCCGACCAAAUGCACCAUACAGCUCAGAUAUGUUGCCGAGUGAUACAGGUUCACGCAUUGGAAUGAUUUAUGUACAAAAUCCGUCCGAUGCAAAUAAGGCUGAGAUGCAUUUCAUUGUGAAUGGCGAGGAUCAAGGCCCAUGCACAAAAGAUAUACCGUACAAAGAUUCGGAAUUAUAUGCUGUGAUCGAUGUCUAUGGAACGACAAAACAAGUUAAAAUCAUUCAACUCUAUGAAAUUGCUUCACUACAAAGUCUAUGCUGUAAUAUGAUUCUAUCGCUGGUUGAUCGUAAUUCAGUGCAGAAUCUUCCGUUGCCGGUUAAAUUAAAAAACUAUCUAUUAAAUUACUAAGCAAUGCAAAUUGUUGCAUCUGUGUGACGGGGAAAACGGUUGUGAAGAAUAAUUGUUACACACAAAGGAGCUUAAGCCAAAAGGCUGGGGAAUACCAAAACUGGAAAUAAAAAUAGGAAAAAGCAAUAAAUAAGUGGAGAGAAAGUGUUAUGCAGAACUGGAGAAAAAGAUAAUUGAAGAUGUGUGAAAAGUCACAUUUAAAGCUCACACCAAGAGAGCCGUCGAGUUAAUAAGUCUUUUUUAUAUAGUGUUUUCUUGUUCCCGCACAAGCAAAUAACAAUCGUAGAUUGGACCUUACAAUGUGCACACAUUAGCACAUCUCAUUUACCCAGUUUCAGCUUAAUCAAUCGAAUACUUUUAAAUUCGUUAAUUUUUCAAAAACAAUAACAUCGAAUCCCGCUUUUUAUAGAAAACAUUUUUUUUUUACAUGGUAUAUUCGCCUCCACACACUAUUUCCAAUCAUUCCAGCCAAUUUACAUUCCAAUCAAAAAUGUAUUUUUGAGUUAAAUGAUCAAUUGAUUUCACACACAGAGAGACACGAACACAAUUUUACACCAAUGAAAAUUAUUAUUAU